AUGAUUUUGGCUGCCUUGCUUACGCUGCAUGCCAAUCAUGCUGCUUGCUUUGCUGUAUCGAGCAGCAGUAGCAGCAUCAAUCGUUUGGGACAAGAUGUCGUGUCCAAACGCAAAGGCAAAGCCUUUCGGGUCCAGUCCCCCUUGCAGGUGGCCACCAGUCCUGGGUUGCUAGUGGAUAGGGAUCCCAUGGCAAGUGCCAUUCGCCGCGCCAAGUCUCGCUUGGUUGUUCCCUCCAACGUUACCACCAUUGCAGGAGGAGCCCAAGAAGCCUUGUUGCCAAACCAAGCGGAUACUAUUGCCACUCUCAAGGACGUUUCUCCCGUUCAGUCUCCUCCUGCUUCUGAUGCAACCACAGCAACGACAACCAGCACUGCCAACGUGCCCUUGUCCAGCAUUGACGUUGGCGCCUUUUUCAUUCACUUUUGCGCCAUUAUCACCAUGACCUUGCCCGUCAUGAUUGUCCCCAUGAUGGAUGCCGAACUCGCCGUCCGGAACAUUGCGGCAGUUCGAGGUGCCUCCUUGGCGGCCUUAAUGGCCUCCACGGCACCCAUGGGCAACGGUAUUGGCAAAUUGCUCAACGGCAUGGUCUGUCAAGAAAUGGGAGGACCACGCUCCAGCCGCGUGUACUUUACCGGCUCCAUUCUCGCGUCCCUGGCACUGGCAUGCAUCUCCUUGGCACCAACCAGUUCCGGUUUGCUCACCACCUCCAAUUUGGGAUGGAUGGUCGGUGGCAUUGAAUUCUUUGCUUCGAUUCAAUGGACCGUUUGCAGUCUCUUUCUGAGUCAAUAUUAUCGACAAUCGCCGGCCUUGUUUGCCCGGGGCGUCACCAUCUUGGCACUCUCCAGUACCGUCGGACAAAUCGUUGCCAAAGUGGCCGCGGCGGGACUCUUGCAAUUUAUGCAUUGGAGGCACGUCGCUCGCAUGGGUGUGAUGGUCGCCAUGGCUGGAUUGGCCACCAGUCUGUGGACCAGUCGGAAUAUGCGCAAGGCGUUGGGAAGUAAAAUGAAUGUCGCCGAGGAGGAGAACAACACAAAAACCUCGCCACAAGGAGAUCAAACAAAAAUGAUGGGAAAGAAAGUACAUGACAAGCAGCCAGCCGCCGCCAAGACCAGUGCCAGACAGGCAGCCAUGAAAGUCCUGAGCAAUCCCAUCUUUUGGUCCAUUGGGUUGGCACAUAUCUCGGGGUACUUGACACGAACCAGCGAUCGUGUCUUGGGGGUAUUCUUGCAGGACAUCACAUCCUUGUCUCCACAAAUCUGUGGCGGACUGACCGCGUUCAUGACCGUGGGCUUUCUCCAUGGGCUCGUGACGACGUCACGCAAAUUCAAUCAACAAUCUGUCACAAGGGAAAGAAAACUUUCUCUCAUUAGCAAUGGAUACAAACGGUACCUGUUCGCGGCUUUGGGGCUCGUCGCGUCUGCUGCCUUUGGAAAACAGUGGCAUCCGUAUGCCAGUGCUUCCGUCAUCACCUUGUGUGCCAGUAUCAUGGCCAGUUCCAUUGCCUUUCCCUACUUUCAAGUGCCCAACAUGGUAUCGAGUGUCUUCUUUGCACCCGUCAAGCCAGUGGCGUUGUCCUUGAUUGAUGGAACGGGCAUCUUCAUGACAUCGCCACUUUGGAAAGUCUUCAACAAGGUUCUGCUACCGAACUUUGGCUGGACGGGUGCUUGGAGCGCCGUUGCAGUGACGGUGGGAUUAUGCGGAAUGCUCUUGAUGAAGACCAUGCCCACAGUACUAGACAUGCAACAAAAACAGCAAGAAGAAGACUCGGCACCUUGA